GCAUUCGGUGCUGAAUCGAUCCUUUAAUUAUCUGACAUUUCCUCUAUCUGAUUUAAAUAAUAUGCUUUAGUUUCCCGUUUGUUCUUCGCACAUAAAGACUGCUUGAGAGUCAAAGUGAGACUGUUACAAUGGCAACUUCAGAGGGAAAUAAGCUAUGGGGUGGUCGUUUUGUGGGAAACACAGACCCUAUAAUGGAAAAGUUCAAUGCGUCAAUCGCGUACGACCAGCGUAUGUGGGAAGCUGAUAUUAAAGGAAGUAAAGCAUAUGUCAAAGCCUUACAGAAAGCAGGUUUGGUCACCCAAAACGAGAUGGAACAGAUUCGCACAGGCCUUGACAAGGUUUUUGAUGAGUGGUCCAAAGGCGAGUUCAAGAUCAAACCAGGAGACGAGGAUAUUCACACAGCCAAUGAACGCAGGCUGAAGGAAUUUAUUGGUGAUCCAGCUGGAAAGCUUCACACAGGCAGGAGCAGGAAUGAUCAGGUUGCAACAGAUAUGCGGCUCUGGCUACGGGACGCUAUUGCCACUCUGAAAGGACUAGCUUUGCAGCUCAUCAACACUAUGGUGGAAAGAGCUGCAGCAGAGAUUGACAUCCUAUGCCCUGGAUACACUCACAUGCAGAGGGCCCAGCCAAUCAGAUGGAGUCACUGGAUUCUCAGUCAUGCAGUGGCGCUAAGCAGGGAUGUUGAGCGGCUGGACGACAUCAGAAAACGUGUUAAUGUGAUGCCCCUAGGAAGUGGAGCCAUUGCUGGGAAUCCAUUCAACAUUGAUAGAGAACUUCUUCGUCAAGAACUAAAUUUUGACAGGAUUAGCAUUAACAGCAUGGAUGCUACUGGACAGAGGGAUUUUGUUGUGGAGUUUCUCUUCUGGGGAUCAAUGUGUCUCACACACCUCAGCAAGAUGGCGGAGGAUCUGAUUUUGUACAGUACCAAGGAAUUCUCCUUCAUCACUCUGACUGAUGCAUACAGCACUGGGAGCAGUUUAAUGCCUCAGAAGAAGAACGCAGACAGCCUGGAGCUCAUUCGCAGCAAAGCAGGACGAGUGUUUGGCAGAUUUGCAGGGUUUCUGAUGACUCUCAAAGGCUUACCCAGCACAUACAACAAAGACCUACAGGAGGAUAAGGAGGCCAUGUUCGACACAUACGAUACAGUAAAUGCUGUGCUGCAGGUGGCUACAGGUGUCAUCUCAACUCUAAAGGUCAACCAAAUAACGAUGGAAGCGGCCCUCAGCCCAGAUAUGCUGGCCACUGAUCUUGCCUACCACCUGGUCAGAAAGGGAAUGCCUUUCAGAGAGGCCCACAGUUGUGCUGGAAAAGCCGUCUAUAUUGCAGAGACUAAGAAAGUCAGUCUGUCUGAACUCACUUUAGAGGACCUUCAAACCGUCAGCCCUUUGUUUGACAAAGACGUUUCUUCAGUGUGGGACUACAUCAGAAGCGUUGAACAGUACAGCGCACCCGGUGGCACAGCGAGGAGUAGCAUCACGGCUCAAAUCGAGCACUUUAGAACCUGGUUACAGGCACAAAAACAGUAACCAUAGUCUCAAGGUCAGCAGUAGGUGCUCUUUCUUCAGAGAUGAAUUUGGCAUGUUAUGCCUGCUAUUAUCUCAUGUCAUCACAGAUUCAGUUGAAGUCAAGGGUUUGCCUGUGUGUUACAUUUAAGGAAAGUUUCAUUGGUUCAGAAUAAGGAUUUUACAUGACAAAACGUGUACAAUGAAAUGCAGUUACAUUUGAAUAAAUAAUUUGUGCAGUCACUUCA